UUAUUGCUGCUUACAAUGCCGCUUCGAUAAUUUUGUUGAUUCCCGAACAUUCGUUUUACCCAGGACACACUAGCUGCAAACGUAGCUUCCGCGGAGCAAUUCGGACCGGAAGGCGGAACGACACAAUGGAACCAGUCGUCGAGUCAUAGGCCACCAGUACGCUUCACAACGGUGCGUCACCUAUUCUUCUUUACGUUACAGGACACCAGCAGUCACCCUCGGCUCCUGUAUUGGCGUGGAUCAGAACACUAUCUUGUCGUUGCGUUGACUCUCUCCGUAUCCCCCGGACCAUGACUUGCUGCUGUUCUCUGGACAAGCCAGUCACCUCGAUUGUUUUGGCUACCAUUGUGGUCGAACUCUUGGAAAAAGUAUAGCCAAGUUAGUUCCAGAGACUCGAUCGGCUGUUUUCACUGUCCUAGUUGUCACCAACUGCCGCCGGUUCGGAAUGUCUUCCUCGCCGAGCACGUCAGAAGCAGAAGGCCACCAAGGGAUGAUGGGAGCUCAACCACUCUACUACAUGUACAUACCACAGUAUAUUCCGACGGUGGAUUCUCAAGGUCAAAGACCAACGCAUACUGUGCAGGCAUUCGAUGGGACACAUCAACAGGUGCAGACAGAGCUGCAAGCUGCAGGGACAUAUGUCGGUCCAGUACAGCCUGAUUCCAACAUUAGCUUGACACAGCCUAUUGCAAACCAACCGCAGCCUGUUGGUCAGCAGCACAGCCAUAUUGGACAACCGGUCAGCACUGGUGGCUUAAGAGGGAUUAGCAGUAGUAUUGAGGGACUUCAAAGAUCAUCAAUAUUGGAGUCAGCAAUGAGUCUCCCACCACAUCCUCAACCAACCAUUGGUCUUAUGUCAUCACCAGCCCAAUUUGCGAGUCCCUACGGCCAGCAAAUGAAUCACCACGUCCAUGCCACUGCUACCAGUGGUAAUCAGACAUUAGCAGCAUACCUGCCAUAUAGUAUCCCAGCAAUGCACGGCAGUAUGGCCAGCUCUAACAAUCCUGUGGAAAUGCACACCAGCUUUCCACAGACCACACUGAACCACCUAGCAGAAGGCAUGGAGUAUCAAUCCGACAAACCCACUGCCCCUCCAUCAAUACCAGAGUCACCAGUGGGUAUCCCACCACAUCCGCAGCCAACCAUUAGUACUAUGACAUCACGGAACAGUGUCCCAGAACUGCUUGACACGAUGGCUAGCUCUAACCAUCCUGCGGAAAUGCAUGCCGGCCGUCCAAAGACCCCAGUGAACCAUCUGGAACAAGGCGGCGAGUAUCAAUCGGACAACCCCUCUGCCUCUCCAGUGUUUGGCGGACAUCCCAGAAGUCUGUGCAAAUGGCGUGUGAACAACGGUCCACAAUUGUGUGGUUUGGAUUUCUAUAGUAACACCGAACUAGCGCAGCACAUAAGCAACGUUCAUCUCCAGCAACAGGACAAUAGUGAACAUCCCACACAGGAGGAUGGCAACGUCCACAUCUGCCACUGGGACCAGUGUACACGCACCAAAGGAUUCAAAGCCAAAUAUAGGCUUGCCAACCAUAUACGAGUUCAUACAGGUGAAAAACCCUUUGUCUGCAAUCAUCAUGACUGCACACGCAAAGCAUUCGCAAAAUCCGCAAACCUGAAGAUGCACUACAGAGUCCACACAAAGGAAAAGCCGUUUCCCUGCACCUUCCCGGACUGUAAGAAAAGAUUUUCAAAUUCUUCGGAUCGAAAGAAGCACAUGGUCGUGCACACGAAUGAUAAACCCUACCAAUGCAGGGCAGCAGGAUGUACGAAGAGAUAUACACACCCGAGCUCGCUUAGAAAGCACUCCAAGAAGCAUGAUGCUCGAAAUGCAGCCAAUGGCGGUAGUGCUCGUUCCGACAGUACCACGAACACCAGCGCAGAGAACAGUGGCUUGCCGUCUGCGGAUGGUGCUAUUGCUGGGGACGGAGAAAGUGAUCAUGGCAGUUCGAUUUCAUCCGAUGAGGUACUUGCAGUUCAGCACCAUCACCGACAUUAACAGGAAGAACAGCAGCAGCAGCAGCAGCACCAACAUCAAAAACACGGUUUUUCACUUGUGACUUGCAUGGACCAGUGUCAGCCUGCACAGCCGCAACACUUACCACUGGGAACGUCCUCAAGCAUGCGGACUGUGAAUUCAACAUCCACGUCAUCUCUGCCUCAGUUACCUUAUCAUUUGCCCUCUGCCCAGGCAACUGCUAGUAGUGAUCUGGUCAACAGUGCACUGCCAACACCACCUGGACAGCCGUCUGCUAGCUAUGCCGUGUUCAGUGAAGUAUGCCAUGACAAUGCCGGAAAGGGUGACCUAGUAGUGGCAAGCCUAGGCAGUAGAGCAACAAGAAAAUUAAUGAUCUCUUGUCUACAUGUUCCAUACAGACAUCCCCACAGCCGCCGCCACCACCACAGCCAGAAGCAGCAGCUGUGCCAGCAGCUGUGCCAGAACUAACUCAAAACAGACAGCUUGUUCAGCAGCAACAUACUCACUUCCAAUACCCGGCAGCGCGUCAGCAGUUGCAGCAACAGCCUCAUCAUCAACAUCCAGAUCAGCAGCUCCAGAAGCAGGAUCAUCAUCAGCAUCAUCAGCAUCAUCAGCAUCAGCAUCAGCAUCAGCAGCAGUAGGAAUCACAUGACCCAUGUCAGCAGUCGCAAAUCUAUCCAACUCACCACCAUCAGCUGCCGACGCCCACACACACACAGCAGCAACAGCUAUCGCUGGUGGCUCACACACCGCAGCACCAGUCAUCACCUGUGUCUCAGACGCACAACCAUCAGGCACAGCAGCAGUCUACAUCACAACAGGAACGAGUACAGGAACCCUUGCCUCAGCAUCAGCAACAGCAGCACUCUCUCCCAUCGCCGAUGCCGCUGCAGCAGCAUUUUGCACAGCAUUCGACAACUGCUCAGCCAACACUAUUAAUUUCAUGCAGGACAAUUGCUGCACCCUGUACUACCCUCCCAUGACGCUCACUCUCUUUCAGCACCAAGACACCUCCCAAAAAGGCAAUAAUAAGCAAACACACCUUAGACGGCUUGAAAACACUGUUCUCAUGAGCUGAGCAACAGCCUUUUAAAAAUGGCACUGCAGCCAGCUUCGUGAAUGGAUGUGUUAAAAACUGUCCAUAAGGUCUUUAAGGCUCAUCAUCACUUUCAACCAAACGAUUUUGUUAUUAUUAUCAAGAUCUAGCUAGCUCCUUAGUUUUACGGAGUUGACGAUUUUUUUUAUUAUAUCUUAUUCAAAAAAAGAGGUAUGAAGUGUACAGCUGCAAACUUAAUACUCGCUGUGCAUAGCUUUUAUGAUAUUGAAUUAUCGUAUCAACGCUGUCCAACACCGAAUGAUUUUUAAGGUUAUUUCAUUAGAGAUGGAGCUGGGAUGUUGCUUUUUAAGCUGUGGAAAUAGUCAAUCAGACGACUGACACAUUUGUAGAAGUUCCUUUUUCAAAUGUCUCGUCAAUUUCAUUUUCCGCAUGUUGUCUUCGCUAACAUUACCCAUGAUGCUGGCCACAUGUAUUAUAGCGUCAGUAGAAUUGCAGCUCAACAUCCUAAUCCGCACUGCCUUCAGUCUUGUUUCUACCCACUCACUGUCAGGAUCGGGUAUUUCCCCUCCAAUUAGUAACCGUUUCUUUUUAGUUCACUUUUUCGGCUGAUCUGCUCAUCCCGCAGAAAUGUGUCAAUACUAAUGCUGGCCUAACAGAUUCUACAACUGCUGAAGGAAGUCUUGUCUUAUGCGCUGAGUCUUCAACACUCAUAAUUAUCGUAUCUGUUUUCAAAAUAAUGAGAUGGUGUCUUCCUCUUA